GGUUUUUAUCUAUGCAAAUAUCUUUGCCUUGGUCGUUAUUUUUAUUUAUGUCAAAAGUUUCCAAAAUAUUAUUUGCUGCAAGUUUGCAUGGCAAUGAGGAGCUGAGGAUAUUUUGUGGGAUAUGAGUUGAAAAAUAUGCCGGGCGACGGGGGGCCAUGGCCGGCGUGUGUGGAGCCCUGGACAGGCUGUCCCCCGGCACGCGCAGGCGCUUCUUCGACGGCUUCAUCAACGUGCUGAGGAGCAGCGUGGGGCGGAGCGUGUACCGCCAGUUCCUGCGGGAGUACUUUGAGGAGGAGAACAACCUGGUGUUCUGGGAGAUGUGCGACGACAUCAUAGAGCACUACGAGGCCAAGGACAUGGAAGCCCGGGUGGCCGCCGCCAGGGACGUGCUGGCCUUCGCCGCGCACACGGACAACGCGGUGAACCUGGACGAGUGGCAGCUGCGGCGGCUGCGGGCGUGCCUGGCGCGGCCGGGCCGCGACGACACGGCGCUGCUGGAGGCGCUGCACGACGCCAGGAACACGGCCUUCGACUGGCUGGAGGAGCGCUACGCCACCUUCCUGGAGUGCUGCACGCCCGGCGCGCGCUGGUGACACGCCUUUCUGCCGCUGGGCCGAGUUCCGGUGGCGUCCGUACGGGUUCCCGCGGUCCGUGGUGUUGAGUCAGAACCUAUCAGUUGAAUAAGAAAGAUUAUAAUGACAUAGAGAGAGAAGUGGGAAUUUGUGAAAACCCCUCUGAAUGAACACGAAACCAAAUAUAGUCUGUGAGUUUUUUUUUUUAAGUACUUAAAGCAACGCUUUGUCUGUUUUUUUUUUCCGGUCGGAAAUAGGCAGGGAAAUGUCGGGAUUUUUCGAUAGACCCACCCGAAUUUUGGUGGCAGUCCUGGCAGCUGCCUUCGUUGUUCUUCAGCACCGCGCUCAAUACUUGCUUGUUUCAUUCGUAAGGUGCAGUAACUUGUGCGCUGUAUUGUAUAUAUUGAAUAAUAACGUUGAAAUCGUUCUGAAACACCAGUCCCGUGGCCAAGUCUGCGGCACACAAGCAGGUCUCGUCCGGACUUGUGUUUGUGAUGUCUCGCUACGAGUCGGCAGAGUCGGUUUUGUGGCAGCUGUUUCAGCUCUUUAACGCUGUAGCAGUAGCACAGAAAAUAAGUUUUUGUGGAACAUGUGUUCGUCAAAAAGAAUUUGCCCAAAUUACUUUCAGCUUUGUAGGAAUUCCGUUCCUUCCGUGCGCACGUAUUGCUCAUAACUAUUUGGUUCUUGAAUUCGUAACACACAUAUGAUUCUUUUUAAAUGUACAUUAGUAGAGGUACUGACUAACAUGUGCUUUAUAUUAGUAUGAGAUCUGAAAAAAAAUUCCUAUUCUCUAAAUAAAUAAAAGCUGCUUUGUUCUUUCGUGAAUGGCGCAAAUGAAACUUAACCUUUGUUAAUAAUAGUUUUGUUUAUAAAGUAUUAAACAUAUAGCAUAUUCGCCAAGAAUAUGCUUUAUGUUAAUAUGCUAAAUUAUAGCAUAUUGCUAUCAUUUUUACCAAAACUGUGGAAACUACUAUCGCAAACUUGUGUCUCGCCACUGGGAACAGCUUGGUUGUAAAACUACAGGUUCCUCCAACUUCUCUUCCCGGCGGCUGUCGGGGAAGCAACCUCCGCUCUCCCCCUCCCAGAGACCACAAGUCAUCACAGCAUUCUCGGCUUUCUGAACUAAAGUCGCGACACUUCACUCUUCUAACUUGCGGCCCCGUAAAUCACUUACUGGCGAAAGUGGCACCAGAAAGGGUCCAGCAGAUACGGAAUGAAUUUAAUAGUUUAAAUAAUUUUCAAGUGCUAUGUACUUACAUUUUAUGUAAUUUCCAAUCUGUAAAGUUUGGGCUCGCAUGAUAUUGAGAGUGGCAUUAUUGUCAGGUAAAUGUGGUGUGUUGUGUGUGUAGUUUGUGCUGUUUGCGUGACACUUUCAAAGAGUCUGAACACGUGUGUUGUGCCGAGUGGACUCCUCACAGCGUUGCGCUGCGGACGCCGUGGGACGAAGGCAGCCAAACUGAACAACCUGGAACACAGCUUCCGACAUCCGUUCCUGCCGACGACUGCGUGGUGUUCAACUCUCACCUGCCUGUCUCGCGCUUGUCCCGAGUGGCUUCACCUCGGGAGAAGUUGUUUCACAUUUUAACAUUUAACACACAUUUUUCUUUUUUACUGAAAGGAACAUACUUGGCAAGACUUAACGUGUUCAGUGUAGCUGGAGAGACCGAACAGAUCUGUGUGUUUUGGAAGCUUGUACUUUGUUUACUUUUGUUUGUACUUUGUGUUUCAUGCUACACAUUGUAUUUUUUUAUUAUUAUUGCACUUGUUUUUAUACACAAAUAAAUGAUAAUUUUUUUUAAUUUAUAAA